UCUCUGCUGGCCCGGGUUCCUCAUUCUCAGUCCUUCUCUGUGACAGCUGGAGCACCACGUCAUCCAGGAGAGGGUCUAUGAGAGGUCUGCCCUGAUAAAAGAAUGGCUCCAGCAGUAGGAACAGACUUGGGUUACACCCCACCAGACGGAGGCUGGGGAUGGGUGGUCGUUUUGGGGGCCUUCAUAUCCAUGGGGUUUUCCUACGCCUUCGCUAAAGCCGUCACUGUGUUCUACAAGGAAAUCCAAGAGUACUUUGGGGCCUCAAAGAGUGAAAUAGCCUGGAUUUCCUCUCUGCUGCUAGCCUGCAUGUACGCUGGAGGUCCCAUCAGCAGCAUCUUAGUGAACAAGUAUGGCAGCCGCCCGGUGGUCAUAGCAGGGGGCCUCCUCAGCGGACUGGGCAUGAUCCUUGCCACAUUCAGCACCAGCAUUUUACAGCUUUACAUCUUUGUCGGAGUGCUUGCAGGGUUUGGCUUCUCUAUGAACCUUCAGCCAUCCGUCAUCAUUGUGGGGAAGUACUUUCUGAAAAGACGACCAAUCGCCAAUGGCUUGGCCAUGGCUGGAAGUCCAGUGGUAUUAUCAACUCUUGCUCCGCUGAAUCAGUUUCUCUUUGACAGGUAUGGAUGGAGGGGCAGCUUUUUUAUCCUGGGUGCCAUGCUGUUGAACUGUUGUGUAGCGGGUACACUCUUUCGUCCCAUUGGACCAAUGGCUUCUAAAAAGAAAAAGGAGAAAGACCCAGAAAAGAUUAGCAAAAGUCUAACGGAGCCUGGAAAAACAGAAGAUUCGGACAAGAAGGAGAAGGAAGGUUGCCUAACCCGGUUUAACAAAAUCUUGGACUUGACUCUUUUUAAGCACAGGGGUUUCUUAAUCUACCUCAUCGGAAACGUCCUGAUGUUCAUUGCCUUUUAUGCCCCUAUUGUGUUUCUUGCUCCUUAUGGAAAACAUUGUGGUGUUGAUGAAUAUUCAGCUGCCUUUCUCUUGUCCAUACUCGCCAUCGUUGAUAUGUUUGCCAGACCGUUAACUGGUGUCAUAGCCAACACCAAAUGGAUAAGGCCGAGAAUCCAAUACUUCUUCAGCCUUUCUGUGAUUUUUAAUGGCACAUGUCAUCUUCUGUGCCCCUUGGCUACUACCUAUGCGGGCCUUGUCACGUACUCUGUGUUCUUUGGCUUAGCCUUUGGCAUGGUGUGUGCCCUGCUCUUUGAAACCCUUAUGGAUCUAGUUGGAGCCAAGCGGUUUUCAAGUGCCGUUGGAUUGGUCACAAUUGUAGAGUGCGUUCCUCUGCUACUGGGCCCACCGAUUGGAGGUGCCAUUGUGGAUGCCCUAGGAGAUUACAAGUAUAUGUUUUUAGAGUGCGGAGCCAUCAUGGUGUUUGCUGGUCUCUUUCUGUUGGUCGGCAACUUCUACAACUAUCGAAUGCUCAGGAAGGAGGCUGAAGCAGAAAAGAAUGGAGACAAGAAAGAUUUGGAAAUGAAGGAAGGCGUUGGACUGAAAAAAGACAACUACAGUCAAGUGGCCACUGAAGAAAAGCCAAAAAAUGGCAGUGAAAUCCCAACCACAAAAUUUGAGGCGGAGAAACUAGAAGAAGCCAAUGGAUCAGGCCACACGUGUUAGAAACACUUGAGGACAUUUAGCAAAUCCAUUUUUUAGGCUUGAUGUGCCUGUGUGACUUAUUGAAGCUGCAUCUGGCAGCCUAUAUAUUACUGUAAUAUAAGCCGCACCCCAUUGUGUGAUGUCAUGG